CGUCGGAGCCGCCGGCGGAGCUGAUAAUGGCUGCAGUUGAUGUGGCACUUCUGGCCGCUUAGAUCCGCGAUAACCGGCGGAGUUCCGAGCCGGAGCGGGUCCAGUAGGCCCAGCAAAGUCCACCAAAGUCCGGAUCCACCUGAAAAACUGCCGUUGACGCCGUUUCUGUGGCGGAAACUGUGCGGUUGAUGCUGUUUCUGUGGAGGAAACUCGGCUGACUCCGUCCCGUGUCCAGCCCGAGGCGAGGCCGGCCGCCCCGUGGUGGUGUUGUUAUUGUUCUUUACCCCCGUCUACCUGCCUGUGUGUGUGUGUAAACCCCCCCGAGGAUGUCGUCGUGGCUGGGGGGGAUCGGGUCCGGCCUCGGCGGGAGCCUGUCGUCGUUCACCGGCCAGAUCUCCAGCUUCACCAAAGACAUGCUGCUGGAGGGGAUGGAGGAGGUGGGAGAUGCUGCCACCGAGCUGCAGGUCUCCAACUCCAAGCUGGCCGACGUGGAGACGGCGUUCACCUCCCAGAAGUCCGAGUAUGACCGGAUGAAGAAGCUCCACGCCGAGCUGGAGGAGAAGCUGGAGGCGGCCGAGAUCCAGAUGAAGCAGCAGUCGGCGGAAAACCGGACCCUGCUGCAGCAGAAAGACGUGGAGAUCAGCCACCUGAAGGCCCGGCAGAGCGGCCUGCAGGAGGAGGUGCAGAAGCUGCAGCGUUCGGCCGGGGGGGUUGGGGGAGCCGUCACCACCUCCACCUCCUCCCUGGGCCGCCACCCCGGCGCUCAGGGUUACCAUGGCGACGACGUGGACAUCAGUGAGGUGCUGUGGUCGCAGCAGGAGAUCAACCGGCUCUCCACCGAGGUCCUGCGGCUGGAGGCGGAGUCAGAGCACUGGAGGCGGGUCUCUCAGGCGUCGGCGGCCCCCGGAGCCGGCGGCGGCGACCAGGGGGAGGUGGUGAAGCUGCAGAGGAGCGUUCAGGAGCUGCGGGACCAGAUGAGCCGCGAGGUGGACGAGCACCAGCACGAGCUGGCCGCCCUGCAGGACGCCCAGAGGCAGAAGCUGGCCGACGUGAGCCGCCGGCACCGGCAGGAGCUGGCCGAGUACGAGGAGCGGAUCGAGGAGCUGGAGGAGCAGAUCCACGCCGGCGAGGCCCCGGCCAGCUCCUCUCCGGACGCCUCCAGGGUGCCGGAGCUCCAGAGCGGCCUGCAGCAGCUGCAGCAGCUGCAGCAGGCCGCCGAGCAGCAGCGGCUCCAGCUGGCGGAGCUGACGGCGAGUCUGGAGGAGGCGCAGCAGAGCCGGGCCCAGCUGCAGCGGGAGAAGGACGAGGUCCAGCAGGAGAACGGCGAGCUGCUGCAGAACUACUCCCGCCUGCAGGCCUCGGUGGCGGAGCUGCAGAAGCGAGUGGAGGAGCAGGAGGGCAGGGCGCUGGAGAAGGCCCAGCUGGAGCAGGAGAUCCAGAGGCUGAGGGGCAGCCUGGCAGCUGCAGAGACGGAAGUUCGGACGCUGAGAAGCCUGACUGAGACGGAGCCCAGGGAGGAAGUGGAGCACGCCGACAUCCUGGAGCUGAACACCAUCAUCGGGACGCUGAGGCGGGAAAAAGACGAGCUGGAGCAGGAAAAGCUGAAUCUGCAGCAGAAACUGAAGGAGACAGAAGAACAAACCGUAGGUGAUAAAAGAGAAGACGAGUCUGUGGAGGAUCUGAAGGAGGAGCUGGAGAGGAGAGGAAAGGCCCUGAGAGCCACGGAGUCUGAGCGGGACACGCUGAUGUCUGAGCUGGAGGAGCUGGACCAGCAGAACCAGGAGGCAACGCAGCACAUGAUCUCCGUGAAGGAGCAGCUCUCGGGGCAGCUGAAGGAGACGGAGGCCGAGCUGAGGAGAACCGCCGCGGAGCUGGAGACGGCCCGGGACCAGAGCCGGACCCUGGAGCGGGACCUGGGCGCCCAGAGGGAGAAGACCAGCCACAGCGCCUUCACCCUCAACGACCUGCACAUGGGGAAGCAGGAGCUGGAGCGGGCCCUGAAGGAGCUGAGGGAGGAGCUGGGCCGGGCCCGGGAGCAGGGCCGGGCCGCCCGGGCCGAGGCGGAGGAGAACCGGGCCUCGCUGAGCCGGACCCUGAGGGAGAAGGACACCCGCAUCGAGGCCCUGAAGCUGGAGAAGGAGCAGCUGGAGGGCGAGCUGAGCCGGGCGGAGAGGACGGUGGCGGAGCAGGUGAAGCAGUACCAGCAGACCCUGGAGGAGCUGAGCCGGGCCCGCUCCAUGGACGCCUCCACCCUGCAGACAGAGCACGAGUCGGCCAUCCGGCUCAACCAGGACAAGGACCUGGAGAUCUCGCGGCUGCGCCGGGACCUGGAGCAGCUGGCGUCGGACCAGCGCGACACCAACGAGAUGCUGGCCAUCACCGUGGCGGGCCAGCAGCAGCUGACCGACCUGCUGCAGGAGAAGGACGCCUUCGCCGAGACGCUGAAGCAGAACGCCGCCGACCUGCAGGCGGAGCUGGAGGCCGGGCUGGCGGCUGCCACCGGGGACGCCGAGGCCCUAAGGCGGACCCUGGAGGACAAGGACCGGCAGCUGGGCGGCAUGAAGGAGGACAACAGCCACCUGAAGGAGGAGAUCGACCGGCUCCGGGAUCAGCAGAGCCGCCCGCCGCCCCCCGCUGAGCCCAAGACCCUGGACAUCAUCACGGAGCUGGAGACGGAGAUCGGACAGCUGAAGGAGGAGGUUCGGACCCUGAGGAGGGACAACGAGGAGCAGCAGCAGGACCGGCAGGCCCGGCAGGGCGAGCUGGAGCAGACCCAGCAGCUGAUCCAGGCCCGGGACCAGGAGAUCUCCCGCCUGCAGCAGCUGGACCGGGACCGGGACCGGGCCGACUCGCCCGACGUCAUCCUGCAGGAGGACAAGACGCGCUCCCUGAACCGGGACGACGGCGGCGAGAAGCAGGACCUGUCCAAGGUGGAGCUGCAGCGGCUGGUGCUCGGCCUCCGGGAGAAGGAGGCGGAGCUGCUGCAGCUCAAGGAGCGGAACACGGCCCUGGCGCAGCAGCUGGAUCUGCAGCUGGAGCAGCUGGCGCCGGCCCGCGGCGAGGCGGGGCGGCUGUCGCAGCUGCUGCGGCAGCGCGAGCUGGAGCUGCAGGCGCUGCAGGCGCGGGCGGCCACCGCCGGCCUGGAGAGGGAGCAGAUGCUGGCCGUGCUGAACGAGAAGACGCGGGAGAACAGCCAGCUGCGCUCGGACGUGCACCGGCUGGUGGACGCCGUGGCGGGGAAGGAGGCGGCGCUGACGCGGCUGCAGCAGGAGGCGCAGCGCCUCUCCCACCGCGGCGACCCGGCCGGCAGCCAGGACAUGUUCAAGGAGACCAUCCAGAACCUGUCCCGCAUCAUCCGCGAGAAGGACAUGGAGAUCGACGCGCUGACGCAGAAGUGCCAGACGCUGGUGGCCGUGCUGCAGGCGUCGGGCGGCGAGGCCGGCGGCGCUGGCGGCGGCGUCAUCAGCAGCAACCAGUUCGAGGAGCUGCUGCACGAGCGCAACGCGCUGAAGCAGCAGGUGAAGAAGGUGGAGGAGUGGAAGCAGCAGGUGAUCACCACGGUGAAGAACAUGCAGCAGGAGGCGGCGCAGCUGCAGGAGGAGCUGCUGCGGCUGCAGGGCCAGGUGUCGGCCGACAGCGAUUGCAGCUCGCAGCUGUCAGUGGAUUACGCGCGGCUGGUGCAGAGCUACGAGCUGAAGGAGCGGUGGCUGGGCGGCCUGAGCGCCGAGCUGGCGCAGCUGCAGCAGAGCAUCGGCCAGCUGAGCUGCACCCGGGAGGAGCUGCUGGGCCGGCUGGACGCAGCGGCGGGGGGGACGGAGGCUCCGCCCCUUCCCGGGGGCCAGGCCCCGCCCCCACAGGCCCAGCCCGACGGAGACCCGGCCCGGCUCCGGGCCCAGCUGGCCGAGCGGGACCAGCUGAUCCGGACCCUGCAGGAGAACAACCAGCGGCUCUCGGACCAGGCGGAGGAGGUGCAGCAGGUCCGGGUCCGGCUGGAGGACUUGCAGCGCUCCGUCAGGGACAAGGACCUGCUCAUCAAGACCAAGGGGGACCAGCUGUUGCAGGUCAGCGAGGCGCUGCGUGGCCGCGACGGCGACAACGAGGUGCUGAAGCAGGCGGCCACCAACCUGAGGGAGCGGGCGCUGCAGCUGGAGCAGGACGGGAAGGCGCUGAAGGAGGAGAACGAGCGCGUGGCGGCGCGAUCGCGCGAGAAGGAGUCGGAGUUCCGGGCGCUGCAGGAGACAAACAUGCAGGUCUCGCUGCUGCUGCGGGAGAAGGAGUUCCAGCUGAGCACCGUGGGAGAGAAGGCAGCCACGCUGGAGAGGAUGCUGCAGGACAAGGAGCAGGGGAAGUCCGGGGAGCUGAACCAGCUGCUCAACGAGCUGAAGUCCAUGCAGGACAAAGCUGUGUUGUUCCAGCAGGAGAGGGAUCAGGUGAUGAUGGCGCUGAAGCAGAAGCAGAUGGAGACGACGGCGGUGCAGAGCGAGCUGCAGCACACGAAGGACAAGGAGCAGCGGCUGAACCUGGAGCUGGAGCGGCUCCGCAACCACCUGCUGGAGAUCGAGGACUCGUACACGCGGGAGGCGCUGGCCGCCGAGGACCGGGAGACGGAGCUGCGCCGGCGGGUGGCCAUGCUGGACGAGAGGCUGGCCACGUCCUCCAGCGCCGUGGAGAACGCCAGCCAACAGGCCUCCAUGCAGGUGGAGUCUCUGCAGGAGCAGCUGACCGGCGCGGUGAAGCAGCGAGACGACGCGCUGGCGCAGCUCCGGACGUCCCAGGAGCAGGUCAACCAGUACGCAGUGUCUCUGUCCAACCUGCAGAUGGUGCUAGAGCAGUUCCAGCAAGAGGAGAAAGCCAUGUACUCAGCAGAGCUGGAGAAGCACAAGCGGGAGAAGGGGGAGUGGAGGAGUAAAGCCCUUAGGCUGGAGGACCAGGCCUCCGCCCUCCAGGUGAACCUGGAUGAAGCCAACGCUGCCCUGGACUCGGCGUCUCGCCUCACUGACCAGCUGGACCUGAAGGAGGAGCUGAUCGAGGAGCUGAAGACACAAGUGAACGUGAGGCAGGAGAUGCUGGAGGAGGCGCAGCGGAAACUCAUGAAUCUGCUGAACAGCACAGAGGGAAAGAUCGACAAGGUUCUCAUGAGGAACCUGUUCCUGGGAUACUUCCACACGCCCAAGACCAAGCGCGCUGACGUGCUGAGGCUCAUGGGAAGUGUCCUGGGGCUGAGCCGAGAGGACGUCGACAAGAUGCUGGAGGACGACGGCCGCCACGGCGUCACCGGGUGGGUGUCAACCUGGCUGGGGGGCCGAGGAGCCCAGAGCGUCCCCAACACCCCCCAGAGGCCGACCAGCGGGCCGGGCCUCAACUCGUCCUUCUCUGAGAUGUUUGUGAAGUUCCUGGAGAUGGAGUCGACCCCCACGCUUCCCGCCCCCAAGCUUCCCUACCACGACAUCAUGACUCUGAGCCCUCCGCCCUCGAGGAAAACCAGCGGCUCCUCCGCCCCGUCUGCAGGAGCUGCGGCGGCCGGCCGGCGCCCGGCGGGCGAGUCCAACCCCUUCCUGGCCCCGCGCUCCGCCGCCGUGCCGCUGCUGGCCGGUUCCGGCUCCGGCGGGUCGGCGGGUCACCUGCUGAUGAAGCCCAUCUCCGACACCCUGCCCGCCUUCACGCCCGUGCCGGUGUCGGCCGAGGCCAGCGGCGGCGCCGUGCUCAAGGACCUGCUGCAGCAGUGAGGCGGUCCGGGGCCCGGGGCCCGGGGCCC